CAAAUUUAAAUUUCAGAAAUAAAUUAAACCUAAAGUAACCAUUUCUAAAUAUUUUGAUAGAUGAACAUAUUUUUCAAGACAAAGCAUACAAAACUAGUUUUAAGAUGCUAUCCUAAAAGUCAAGUCUCUGAACAUAAACCCAAUUCGUCUGAGUUAUCAUAUCUAUGCUACUAUGGAUUCACAAGGCCAAGCAAGCUUCAAAAAGUAGGUCUUUUUUUAGAGCGUAAAUUAUCUAAAGAUGUAUAUCGUAGAAAACAAGGGGAUAUAAUUGUUUCUUUAUAUAUAUGUAAAGCACUAAUAGAAAGAUGUCAUAAAGACUUGAAUCUUUAUGCAGCAAAUGUUGUUAACAUAUUAAAUUCAGUUCUUCGAUCUGGAGAUGUUGAGGCUAUUGAACAUAGCAUUGACUGUUUUACAUCCUUUAUUUCUCAUCAUAAUGGACUAAUAUUAUCAUCUGAUGAAAAUUACGCAAAACAAUUUAAUAUCCUUAUAACAGCUUUUGUAGAUUUUGCUAUGGCACAAAGUGGCCCUAAAAUGACAAGAUAUCGUCUUGUUGGAAUGCAAGCAGCUCAGGCUAUUACUUCAUCUGAAGCUAUUCAAAAUUCAAAUUUACUCUAUUUAACAGCAAAAAUCAUUCCUGGUAUUUUGCACAAUCUUCAACAUAAAAAUGAAGAAUUUUUGUUACGUUUCCAAUCCAAAACAGAAAAUUUUCAUAAAACAGAAAAUCAUAUUGAUCCUGUUUCAUACACUAGUAAAACUAUUAAUGAAGAUGACCAGUUAGAAGAUGAGUUAAAUGAAAUAUUAGCUCUUGAAAAUCUUAAACGUAUAUAUGAAAUUAACGAUGGUGCUCAUAUUAAAAAUGCAACAUUAGCUUUAAUAUCUCAUAUUAGAAGCUUAACAAAAAACAAGUCAAUUAUAAAUUGGGCAGUUACACUUAUAACAAUGAUUACAAGAUGGACGCAUGUUCAGCAUAGAUACAUAAUCCUUAUAAUUACAGUAGAAAUCCUUGAAUCAUUACCGGAUAAAGAUAUUCCAUCAAAAGAAUAUUUCCUUCUCACGUCUCUUAUACAUGCUUUACUUUCAUCAAAUGUAAAUCUAAUUGGUCUUUCAGUUAUGGAUAUUAUACAUGCUUUAACAGGAAAAAUUAUUGGACAAAUUAAAGAACUUGAUACUCCAAAUACGGCAAGGCUUUCAAAAGUAAUACUUUCGAAAAGAUCAUAUCUUCUCGAAGGAAAUACUAUAGGACAUAAAUUUAACUCUGAGCAAAGAGAAUUUUUUAUUUCAGAACUUAUACAUUGUUUAGGUGCAUUGGCGACACAUAUUUAUUAUAGAGACCAAAUUACAGACAUGACAGCAUCUUUUCUAAACUGUCUUAAACCCUUCUCUAAUGCAUCAUCAGCGUCUGCGAAUGAAGUAAGGAUUGGAAAAUUAUUAGCUUUAGCAGCAGUUAGAGAAAUUUUUGUAAUCGUUAAUUUAAAAUGUAAUCAAAGUGGCGUUUCAAGAUCUAGAGUUUCCUUAGAUAUAUGGAAUUAUACAGCAGUGGUAUUAAAAGAUAGUGAUCCUAUAUUACGUUUAGAAUAUAUAUCAGUUCUAACAACUUUCCUUAAUAUUGAAUUCAAUUCUCCUGAUGAAGAAUCUCUUUAUAGUUUUGAUACAUCUAAAACAUCGUUUUCUAACUAUCUUCAGUCUCUUCGUUCAUAUAUAUACAUAUAUUUUCUCCUGUCUAACAAUACCGAAACAGAUUAUCAAGCAAUACAAUAUCUUUUAUUUAUUUUGACUGAGAAAUUUGGACCCAAAGAAACAAUAAGACUUAUUCCAGUUAUAUUACGUCUUCAACAGUCCAUAGAUGAAGAGAAUAUAAAUUUAUCAUUACAGCAAAAAAGCACUAUAUUAAGUAUUGUUAUAUGGUAUAUGAUAAUUGUUUCAAAAAAAAUUAAUAAUCAAAAACUUUUUGAAAAAGUAAAUGAAGAAAUGAAUAAGAGAAAAUUAGACAAAUCAUGGCCUGAUUUUAUUACAUUACAUCCUUCAUUUAUACCAUCAUCAAUAUGUUCACCACAACCACUUUCAAAAACUAUUGCACCUUCAAAACCAUUUUUAAAUAAAGAAGAAAUAAUCAGUAUUUUAAUUCUUUAUACACCUAAAUUUCCAGAAAAUGCAAAAAAAUACAUCACGGAAACUUGGACACCAGAAUCUUCAUUAAUUUUGGAAGAUUUUUCUCGAUCAGAUUCUCUCGUAGGAAUGAAUUCAGUAAAUUAUAAAAAGCAUUUAUCACCAUCUAAUUCCUUAUCACAAAUAACAUUAAACCAAGAAGAAAUUCUACAAAAUAACAUACAUUCAUCUUUAAAAACAAGUUCUUUAAAACGUACAUUAACAGAACCAAAUAUCAAUAAUAUAAAAACAUCCUUUAAUAUUUCAAAAAACAAAUUAAAUAAAUUUAAAUCAUCUGAUAAAUUCACGCAAAAAGAUACAGAUAAGUUUAAUCAAAAUGCUAUACAAAAAAUAGAUAUGAAUAAACUUCUUGACAAUAUUAGUUUGAAAGCAUUAUCAAAUUCAAAAAAACACUCAAAAAUAAGUGCAUCUGCACCAUAUGCUUAA